AUGACCUCCCGCUACACUCUCCACGAACCCUUCCCCACCUACUCCUCCAAGACCUCCAUGCCCUUCGGCCGCGGCGGCGCCGGCAACCAAGUCUCCCCAGAGAAGCGCAACAAGCUCCCACCAUCCACCAUCACAGCCACCCAACACUCCCACCAAGGCCCCAAUUACUCCACCGGCCGAGGCGGCGCGGGCAACAUGCACAGCUCAGGCGAAGACCGAGCUAUGUUUCACUUCGACGAAGAACUCGAGCGCGAGAGGCGGCUGAACAAGAACCCCGCGCCCGUGUACCAUGUUGGUCGGGGAGGCGGCGGCAAUGUUGUUGAUAAGAGACGCGGAAGUGAGGCGAGCGAGGCAUCGGGCAAGAGCUCUGCGAGAGGCAGCUUGGACUUCCUCAAGGGAUUGGGGAAGAAGUUGUAG